AUGUAUGAAGAUGAGCAAGGUGUCAAACAUUGUCAAGUCGAGGAUACUCACAAGCUGCGCAGUCAAUCCAGAUUCCAGCUUCAGGAGUGCCUCACUCGUGCCAGAACUACCAUUGCCACCAACACAUCUCACACAGAUGAUCCACCAUAUGAAGAAGAGUAUGAGUUCGAUGAGAACACCAGGAGAGCACUUCCUGCUACCAGUUCAUCCCAGGAUAGACCUGGAAGGAAGAAGUUCAAGGCAGUCCUUGGCUGCCGGCGCACACACAAUGAGCAGUUAAUUGUUGCUCUGACCUUCUUUGGAGCGGAGGGAGUAGCCAGUGUCAAGCAAUUCAUCAAAGAAGUCUAUGCAGGCAAAGAUGCUGUCAAGCCCAACCACAUAUUCUUCGACAACAACUGCACCACAGGUUCACUAGCAUCUGGCAGCUCAACAGCCUGA